UAAGUGAAAUAUAUAAAAAAGGGGAAGUGGUGCUCAAUGGAUCAGUCGCUCACUGAUCUCGCUGAGGGCACAGCUAAGAUGAUGGUUACUUGUCUUCUCCUCUUCAGCAUCUGGACCGUGGUGUCAGGCUCCGUGCGGGUGAUGCACAGAGAGGUCCAGUCGGUACAGGCAGGAGGAAACGUUACUUUUUCAUGCCAGUCGGUCACGAAAGAAGAUGUGCUACAGGUGACGUGGCAGAAGGAGACAGAUGGGGCUGAAGACAACAUAGCGACUUACAGUAAAAUGAACGGCCAGAAGAUAGCAAAGGGCUACGUCGGCCACGUGAGCUUUGCCCGCAGUGAGUUACAAGCCUCGGCCAUCUCCCUUCAUGGAGUCACCCUCCAAGAUGAAGGAUGCUACAAGUGCAUCUUCAACACGUUCCCCUCGGGGGCUGUCACCGGCAGAAUGUGUCUCAAUGUUUAUGCCAUCUCGGACCCCAAAGUGGAAGCUAAGCUUAUACCCAGUCCAGACACAGCCGAGGACUCUGAGAAAGUGAUGGGGAUGAGCUGCUCAGCAACAGGGAAACCAGCUCCAAAAAUCACCUGGCACCUUCCCAGCAUCCUGCAGCAGAAACCAAGGGAGUACCAAGUCAGGCUCAGCAACCAGACCGUGACUGUCAUCAGCAAUUUCACGCAUGCCCUCUCCAAAAUCCUCCAGGAGUAUCCCAUCACCUGCAUGAUCCAACACCCCUCUCUAAACGUGACCCUGGUCCUGCCCGUGGACACCGUGGUGCAGGGUCUGGAGAGCAGCGUGGCACCAGCCAUUGCUAUUGCAGUGGGGGUACUGGUCCCCCUGACUUCCCUCCUUCUUCUCACCUACCUCCUCCACCGCUGCCUCAGGCACCUACGUGACCCGGAGAGAAACCCAGCCCGGCCAUGCUGGGUAGGUCUGCCUUUCCCCAGGCUGCUGCAGGGCUCACCCACACCGGCCGUGGGGUUCACCGCCGGGACACGACUCUCCCCGGCCAGCCCGGAGUUGGCUGCGUGCCGCCCAGCCCGGGCUGCACCCGUGGCAGGGAGGGACGAAGGGAUCAGCCCCGAGCCAGGCAGCUGCGUAGCGGCACGCUGGGAAGGGGAAACCUGAAGGUGCUUAGCUAGGCCCAUAGGCGGCCGACAGUGAUGACAGCUAGAAAACAUUCACUUUCUCAAUGACAAGACAUGCUGCGGGGGAAGCAUCACUCUGUUACUAUAUUUAUGCACAACAUACUUGUGCAAGCAGUGGCCAUACUCUUGCACCAUUCUUCUGCAUCUCCUAAAAAACCCUCCCCUCUGGCUUGGCCAGUGCAGCUCAUUGAGGAAGCAGCUUUGAGGACGCAUCUCAAACAAAAUGGGGUCUUUAGAGGAAGAGCGUGCCUCUGUGCGGAAAACGCAGGGCACCACGCUGUGGCAGGGGCCGAGGCGCUGCUGUUUGUCUGCUGAGGCCGUCCUGGCAUGGGGGUGAAGGAGGCAAGCUUGAGGUGGGGGUAAAGCUGAGUGAGGUGGCAUCGCUUCAGAAAACCGCAGCCCAGUUUUGUGCCAAAAGCACCUCAGCCUCCUCGCGGGAUAUGCCCAGAAUAUGCACCCUUACUUUUGAUGGGUGUUUUGGAGACAAAAAGCAGUGGGAGGAAAUGUGAUACACAUCUUCUUCCAUGGGUGCCAUGCCUCUAGGUCCAAGCUGGAGCCUGCUGGGGAAGUUGCAAGGGGAAAACUUUAGUCUCUCCUCACCCAGAGAGAUGCAAGGACCCAUUUAGUAAUGCACACAGCCUGGAUCUUUACUCCUGUGCUUAAAAUAUCCAUAUAUUUUGAAGAAGGAAAAAAACAACCCAACAACCUCUCUUCUGUUAGGUUCUUCCUGCCUGUACCAAGGCCAAGAAGUGUGGGCAGUACGGAGCUGUGGGCAGGUGGGCUCCUACAAUACCCCACAGCGCACCACUGAACACCUGAGCAGCUGCCUGCCCUGCACAUGCGAGAGAGAAACUUCUUACAAUGACACCUCGGGCUUCCAAGCCAACCUGCUGUGACUUCACUCCAAGGGAAAUACAAAAAAGGACAAUUUAAAAUAGAUAUUUAUUUAUUUUGUUACACUAUCAUAUUCCAUUUUGUAGAAAAAAAGCUGUAAAGUAUUUAUGUGAGACUCUGACUGUCUGGGAGGAUCUGCAUAAUGAAACUCAUGUUUUGUAUUUUCUGGGGUUUUGAAAGUCAGAACUUCCUUUCUGAUAUUUUAACAUUGCAAGCUCAAAACUGGGUGGGGGACUGUCUGAAAGAGGGCAGCAUUUCAUAGGGGCGCUGGCCUGGGAGGUGUUGCUGGUGGGCCAAAGGAGACCCCUGCCGGGAGUCGGGGUGCAGAAGACCCAUGGAGCAACCUAGUGCGCUGCUGUAAGCUUCAAGGGUUUGAACCUGUUCCCCAGAGAGCAGGAGAGAUCGGGCCAAGGCUGCAGCCGGCCUGAACUUGUAACCCAGGCGCCAGGAGCAACAGGCUUCAAGCCAGGAGUCAUCAGGCAUGAGGAAGUUGCCAGCUCCGACUUCCACCAGCCUUUCCUAGAAAGUAAUGCAAAAGCAAAGGAUGCACAGGUGUUUCCUUCCUCCCCCCCUCCUCCUCUUCUUCUUGUUCUGCAAUUUCCACAGCCCCCUUCCUAAUUUCCCUAACCUAUCACAGCUGCCUUGUGUUUCCAGAUGUCCCACCUGCCUGCAGGAGGACGCAGGGAAAUAAAAGUGCAGUUGGCAGGGCAGUAGGCUGCCUGGUGGAUUUUGUGUGUGUCAUGGUGUAGUGGCAGGUGAGUGUGGUGGGAAGCAGGAGGCUGGCAGGAGUGAGGGGGUAGGUGCUGCUGCACAUGGGCAGAUAUACAUCAGCACAGGGCAGCAUGUGUUACUUAACACUAAAAUUCAGUGCUUCUAACCUGCAGGUCAGAUCUCAGCAGUUCUACUGUAAUUCCCUGAAUCCUGCCCUAUGUUCAUGAAGUCUUUCCCUGCAGACCCAGGGAAGCAGAAAUGAGCUUCCCCCCCCCACCCCCACCAGCAUGGUCUCAUAGGCAGCAUGAAGAUGGCUGGUGCAGGCUGUCUCCUCUCCUCCCGGCUUCCUGGAGUAAGGGCAUGUCAUCUGGUUUUUCCUUGCCCAUCUAUUUCAAGUGCAUAUCCCAGAAGAAUCAGGCUGAGUUGUAGUGAAAAAGCUGAGUAACUUAAAAUGAAAGCAAGUAGGUAUGUUUGGAAUUAAUUAACCCAGUACCUGUCAUAAAAUACCUUUUUUUUUUAGGGUCCCUAAUGCUUAGUAAUAGUGCAGCUGGUGAGUGCGGGGAAAGCAGAACUGGCUGCAGCUGUCACAAUCAGGAAUUUUUCUCCUGAGCUUCAUAAGUGUCAGAGGAGGAAGCUGCAUCUUUAUCCAAGAUUUCCUACCAUUGCAGCUUAAUUUCCUCCUCCCCUGUGAGGGCGGGGGCCGGGGGAGAAGCAGGUUUUCCCCUGGGUGGGUGGCUUGUGGGGAGCAGGCUGCGGGCGAGCAGGCAGAGCUCAGCUCCCAGCACUCCCGAACAGGCGGUGCGGCGUCAGCCCUCGCCGCUCAGCAGGGUCCAUGCUUGUGCUUCAAGGGGUUUUUUGGAGACUUUUUUUUUGAGUUUUAAAAGAAGGUUUCCACUAAUGUUUAAACAAAUGGGUAUUUAAAAAAAAAAAAGAGAAAUGAGUCUCUCGCAGAAACUAGGAGGUUGGACAUGGGUAAUGAAAAGGAUUUUUUAGAGGGAAGAGAGAAAGGCACAAAGCUGGCAAGAAACCUCUAUAAGCCCAGGAAGACUGCAGAGAUUACCUAUUAUUAUUUUCCACAAGCUGAUCAUCUAGAGUGGGGGAAAGCAGGGUGUGGAGUCAUGAAAGUAUCUGUUUACGUGUGGGAUUGUAAUUUCUUUUACUAUUUAGUCAAAUUGUGAAAAGCUUUUGUAGGUUUCUGCUUACGAGCACGAUAGGACUGGGGACUGAGCGGAAGAGGAGGAUGUGGCGGCUCACAAGCAUAAUGCUGUACAGCAAAGGAAGAUGUUACCGAUCUGUUUGUCUUCCACAGUAUCAGAAUGAGAACAGAAAAUGACAUCCAAAGGCAGGACACUCAAGGCCAAUACAUGUAUUUGCCUUCACGCUAUACAAAGCCGGUUACUAAAAUGCAGUGCCAUAAAACGCUAUAUGCUAGAGCUGUGGAGUUUGGCUUCAUAUAGCAAUGCAAAGAAUGUAGGCAUACUGACUAUGUAUAAUUAUGUGUCUUAGCUGAAAAAAAAAAAAUGAAAUAGAUACAAACCACCUUUCAGGGAACAAAGAAGCACAUGACUGAGGGGAGCAGAAGUCUCUACUGUGGGUGAAUAACAUCCUAACUGCUGUUCUGAGGUUUCUUUGUGAUUAUUUUGUACUCGUCUGUCUUGUUAUCCGUUAACAAUUUGGUAGUAAUUCUUUGGCAGCUGUAUUUCAAAUGGGUUUAUACAGAUACUUAGUAUUGAAAUAGAUAGUAUCUAGGCUAUGAAAUGUUGCAAAUUUUGAAUAGGUCUUGAGAUAUAAAAAUAAAACUGGUAAGAAAUUAAAGUGGAAUGGACUGCUCUAUUUUAGUGCUCCAAUG